GUGACGUAACGUACAACUCGGUCUACGGCACGCCACUUGUGAGCAAGAGCAUAACGACGGGACGCGGGAAGAGCCGAGAUAUUUGCAGGAAAACAGAUCAAUCUCUACAGAAAUCUGAAGCAGAAUCCUGGCCACUUUUUAUUUUCAAAGGAAGAAAGGACAGUGAAAUGGAUAAACUGAAGAAUAAAAGGAAGCUAAGGUCAGGGAAGGAGACUGACAAGGACGAGGAGGCUGAAGAGGUUAAAGGAAGUAGUGGAGCUCCACCGACAGCAAAAAAGGUCAGGGGUGAUGACGUCACUGGGGCACAGAAGGGCAAGGAUGGUACUUCCACUGAAGAGGAGGCGGAGCCUGGAAAAACACGCAGUCAGGAAGAAGAUGCAGUUAUUGAGCGGCAUGCUGGUGGAGGUGCUGGCCAAGCAGCCAGCGAGGGUCGCGUUUGCUCCCUCUGCGGUUUCGUGGCCAAAACCCCCACUGCCUUGAAGGUACAUACCAAGAGGAAACACUUUGGGGAAGGGGUGAGUACUGGGAAACCUGAGUUAACUAGAAACAUCAAGCAGGAUGGAGGAAGUGAGAAGUCUGAAACGCCAGAGACAAAUAUCACUGACCUUACAGAAGAACGCGUCAAAGUGAUGGAUAAGGAAAAACAGGUGAUCACCUCAAAUAGUAGUCUGCAUGAAGGUGCAUCUCCUUACCAGGCAGAUUCCUUUAAGGGAGAACAGCUUCAGAGUAAGAGCAAUGCAGCUGAGGAACAGGUUGAGAACAUCCCACCAUCCAAGUGUGAAGAAGCUGGAGAAGAUGAUAGCUCAAAAUCAGAAAGGGAUGUUGCUGGCAAAGAUACCUUACUGGCUGACAAAAGAGCAUUGGGUCUCCAGGCAAGCAUGGAGGAUGAGGGCAGAGUUGAAGAACUUCCUGAAGCAGAGGAGAAGAAAGUCCAUGUAAAAACGAGAGCAAAACGAAGUAAUCGUGGUACUAGUCAGAGCGAAGACACCAGCAUCAGUCCUACCCAGAUACUUCUGGAAAUGGUUGAAACUGUUACUGAAACAGAGAGUACAAGUAUAGAUGAUUCGAUCAGUCUGGAUAAUUCACACGAGAGUGAUGGUGAUGGAAAACAAGAGGCCUCUAUAGGGGUGAUGGAUAAGGGGAGCACUUCUGAAGCUGCUGGAUGUUGUGCUGUCAUUGCACAGGGUAAUACUGAUUGCCAGAUCUUGGACACGGCAGGUCACCCAGCUCAUAGUGCGCAGAUGGAACUAAAAGCAGCUGAAGCAGUUGAAAAGCAGGGACCAUCCAUUAGGCAGAAGGUGGUGAAACGAGGCCCAAAACCCAAGACAGGCCAUGUGCUCUGUGACAAGCACAGCAUUGCGACACAUGUCAAAAAGGUCCAUGUGAAAGAAAUGAACUUCUCCUGUCAGCCCUGCUCUUAUGCUUGUGUAGCUAAGAGUGAUUUUGAAAAACACUGUUCAAGCAACAAGCACAAAACAAGAGUGGAGGGUGCUAAUGCCCUGGUAACUGGGGGUGCCAUUGAUAAGUUAGAAAAUGCUUCAAAGACGGCAGCCCCUGUGCCAAGCAAGGAUUCUGAUAGGGUGAUUGCUCUCCAGCUUCGGCCAAAGGCUCAAAGCGAUCGCUUCCGUAACCGUACUCGCAACGAUGUAGCAUCCAAUGGAAAUGAGAAAACGGUCUCCACGGGUGAUGAGCAAGAAGCUAAGGAAGGAAACCUGGGAGACUCAUUCCAAGAGUGCAUUGAGAAAUCUUCCAGUGAGGACCAGUUACUUGAUGAUGAUGCAGAAAGGAUCAAGGAAUUGGACCCUGGAGCAAAGCAGUCUGCUGGAUCUGAUGGGGUCACAGAGAGUGACGUAAGUGGAAGUGUGGAGAUUGCUGAGAGGAGCAACCUGAAGAAAAGACGAGGCAGACCAAAGGGGUUCACUAUGACUACUUGUCAAUACUGUGGGCUGGUGGCUUCCAACGCCACAAACCUUAGUGUCCACAUAAGGCGCAGGCACAGCCGUGAGUAUGGCUUUGCAUGCAAAGUGUGCAAUUACUCUUGCGUGACCAAAGGUGACAUGGAUCGCCACUGUGCUACCAAGAAACAUAUGAAGCGUAUGGAGCUUGCCAGUGAUGGUCAGUCACAGGACUGUGAGGUAGACUCUAUUAGUGUGGUGGAAGUCCUCCACAGCAAGGUACUUGUCACAGGGGAUCAGCAUAGUGUGGGAGGGGCUGUAAAAUCAAAAUGCCAAGAGGCAGCAUCCACCAAGUCAACCCGGGAGGGCAACCCAUCCCAGCUCCACGAUGAAUCGCAGGCUCAGAUGGGUGACAUGGAAUCCAGAUUAGUUGAUCAGGAGGACACAAUGCAAGAGUCAACCAGCCCAGCGGAAAAGAAGGGAAAGUAUGACACAAUCAACACCUGUACCUACUGUGGCUUUGUGGCCCACUCCCUCCCAUCCCUUGAGCUCCAUGUCAAGCGGAAGCACACUCUGGACUUUGAGUUUGUAUGCUUGGCAUGCAACUACUAUGCCGUCACCUGCAGGGAGAUGUCACGCCAUGCUGCAACUGACAAGCAUAGACAAAAGAGUCAGUCCUACCUAGGCCUCAUUGAGACUAAUGAGGGUGAUGCAACUGAAAGGGAUGUGAGUGGAGAGGCUGGGUCCCAGACUAAUUCUGGAGGCCAGGAUGUAACACUUUUAAGGACCCCUGGUAUGCUAGGGGCUGCCUCCCAUGUAGACCGUGAGACAGAUGCAGAGACCCAUCCGGGUCAGUCCAGCCCUAAUGGAGAUGUUGCAGCUUUGUGUAGUGUGGAGGAGACUGUCAACCAGUCCAAACAUGGCACUGAGGCAAAUGUUGAGGGGGAAGCGGUGGCAGGAGGGGACAGUGUAGAAGAAGCUGAUGUGAGUCAGGAAAGUAUCCUGUCUGAGAAGGAUCCAGAAAAAGUUGAGCUGAAGGGUCACGAAGGCCAGACUGUGCCAGUACUGGACUUGCCCAGCACCGAAGUUUCCAAAGGCUCCAUAGCAGACCCUGCUCCGGAGUCUGCUGGUGACCUCGGAGGCGAGGCUGACUCUGAAAUGGAGGAUGAUGGUGCGCUAGAGGGUUCCUCAGAUGCCGACCCAGAGAUAGCUGAUGGGAAUGGGGACAGUGCAUCCAAGAUGCUCAGGGCGCUUCCUUUUGAUGCAUCCAUUGUUCCCUUCAGAACCAUGUUUGAGGGUGUUGCCUCAGUGACAGCUAAGAAGAAGGCACCUUCCCAGGGGCGUGCUGCAACUGCGGCAAGCUCUCUGAAGAAGGCAAAGGCACCUGCAAGCUCUUCUGGAACAGCAAAAGGAGGUGGGUCUGCACGUAUCAGGUGUGAUGACUGUGGCUUCAUGGCGGACGGCCUGAGUGGGCUGAAUGUGCAUGUCUCUAUGAAGCACCCUUCGAAGGACAAGCACUUCCACUGCCUGCUCUGUGGCAAGUCCUUCUACACUGAGAGCAACCUGCACCAGCACCUGACCAGCGCUGCCCACCUUCGCAACGAGCAGGCCAGCAUUGAGGAGCUGCCUGAAGGGGGCGCCUCAUUCAAGUGCGUGAAGUGCAGCGAGCCCUUUGUUACUGAGCAGGACCUCUUCACCCACAUUAAGGAGAAGCACGAGGAGCUCUUGCGGGAGGUGAACAAGUAUGUCCUGGAGGACACGGAGCAGAUCAACAGGGAGCGCGAGGAGAACCAAGGCUGCGUGUGCAAGUACUGCGGCAAGGUGUGCAAGAGCAGCAAUUCCAUGGCUUUCCUGGCGCACGUUCGCACACACACAGGAUCCAAACCAUUCAAGUGCAAACUCUGUGAUUUUGCUACCGCCCAGCUGGGAGAUGCUCGCAACCAUGUCAAGAGACACCUGGGUGUGAGGGAGUACAAGUGCCCCGUCUGCGGGUGGGCGUUUGUGAUGAAGAAGCACCUGAACACACACAUGUUGGGAAAGCACGGCGUGGGACAGCCCAAAGAAAGGAAGUUUGAGUGUGAGCUGUGCGACCGCUCCUUCAGUGAGAAGUGGUCACUGAACAACCACAUGAAGCUGCACACGGGGGCCAAGCCGUACAAGUGCACCUGGCCCGCCUGCCACUACUCCUUCCUCACCAUGUCCGCCAUGAAGGACCACUACCGCACCCACACAGGAGAGAAGUCCUUCCUGUGUGACCUCUGCGGCUUCGCCGGGGGGACGCGCCACGCCCUGACCAAGCACCGGCGACAGCACACAGGAGAGAAGCCGUUUAAGUGCCAGCUCUGCAGCUUCGCCUCCACCACGCAGUCGCACCUGACCCGGCACCGGCGCGUCCACACGGGGGAGAAGCCCUACCACUGCCCCUGGUGCCACUACAGAUCUAACUGUGCUGAGAACAUCCGCAAGCACAUUCUCCACACGGGCAAGCACGAGGGCGUGAAGAUGUACAACUGCCCCAAGUGCGAGUACGGAACCAACGCCCCCAUGGACUUCCGGAACCAUCUGAAAGAACUGCACCCCGACAUCGAGAACCCCGAUCUGGCGUACUUACACGCAGGAAUCGUCUCCAAGUCGUUCGAGUGCCGUCUGAAGGGUCAGGGCGCCACCUUCGUGAAGGCGGAGGCCACCUUCGCGGCCGAGGAGGGCUCGCCGGAGGAGGCUCCCCAGGACGGCGCGGAGGAGCCGGCCGUGCAGCAGUUCAUCAUCAUCCAGGGCUACGGCGAGGACUACGCCGUGGACCAGGCCCUGGAGCAGUCGGCCGCCGCCACGCUGCAGACGCUGGCCAUGGGCGGCCAGGUGGCCGAGGUGCUGCACAUCACCGAGGACGGCCAGGUCAUCGGGGGCGGGGCCGCCAACGCCCACCAGCUGGCGGCGGGCGGGGCCCAGUUCGUCCUGGUGGAGUCGGAGGAGGUGGGGCCGGUGCUGGGCCGGCCCGAGGGGGCGGGGCCCCCCGGAGGACACGCCCCCGAGACGUCCAGCGCCCUGGACGCGCUGCUGUCCGCCGUCACCGAGCUGGGCGCGGCCGGGCGGGGCCGAGGGGGCGGGGCCGGGGGGGAGGCCCAGGGAGGCGCGGGGGCGCUGGCCACGAAGGUGGAGGUGGAGGUGAGGCAGGAGGUGGCCGAGGGGACGUACGCCCAGGUGGUGCAGGAGGAGGAGGGGCACGCGGAGGAGGAGCGGGCCAAGGAGACGCGUAAGGAGGAGGAGGAGGUGGUGGAGGGGGUGGUGCAGGAGGUCCUGCAGUUCGCCGCCAGCCAGCUGAUGAUGAAGGAGGGCCUGACGCAGGUGAUCGUCAACGACGAGGGCACGCACUACAUCGUCACCGAGCUGGACAGCUCCACCCUGCAGGUGGAGGGCACCGUCUACGCCCAGAGCGAGGCCAGCGGGGGGCAGGAGGGCGAGGAGGGGGCGGAGCAGGCCCUGGGCGGGCUGGUGGUGUACUCGGAGGCCCCCUGCCAGGACGCCGUGAUGGAGGAGUGAGGGGCUGCCGGGGGUGUCGGGAGCUGGAGGAGCGGCAGACCUCCUGGAGACCAGCCCCAGUUCUCACUCAUCACUGGAAGGCGGUCAGGGGCAGGUACAUGGGUCUAGGGUCAGCGGAAAGCUGGGCACAAAUAAAAGCUCUCCCAGAGAUUCGUUUUCUAAUAACCAUUGACUAUUUUUCCCAAAAACAACAAAUAAAUGUAAAGCUCUGUUUGGACGUGCGUGUUAAAUGGUAAUUGUACGGUGAGCCGCUCGCCGUUUCCCAGCCGACGGCCCCAGGUGUCCUUUAAAGCACUGGGGAUCCACGCUGUGGUCUUUAUUCUCCUUCAGCCUGUUAUGCAAUCAUGGCCGAUUGUACUUUUGAUGGUAUCUCCGGGCUAUUUUUUCUCCCAAUAUUUAAUUGCUUCUUUGAUGAAUAACUCAGGCUAACUUUAAUUUCUGUGGUAUGGCACAACUUGAAAAAAUUAGCCAAUUACCCAGGGAAAUGACCAUAUUCACAAAAGGAGCGAUUAGGAAUUAGCCGAUAAUUUGGUUUACAAGCAUAUCGGGGUGCUUCCAAUGCAAGAAGAAUCGCCUGAAGAUCUUCAGUACAUGUAGAGAGCUGUGGUUUUACCAUUAACUGUAGAAAUACUGCUUUCCUUAAGAUGUGUUUUUAGCAAAUGAAAAAAGUACAUCUGUAAAAUGUAAUAUGGGAGGAAAUGCUUUCUGUUCUAUUUGUUACAGUCAUUAUCUACAGUGUUGUGUGCGUUCUAAAGUGAGUUAACACAUACGCAUAGAUUUAUUUUUUCUUAAAAGCCAGCAGAAUCUUUUUUGUUUUUUUUUAACUGAAACCAUCUUCAUCUAUGUUAACAAUGGCUGUUUUUCUCUUUUUGGUUUCUGGUGUUCUGUUUGCCAUUUCUAUGGUCUGUUGUUAUUGUGUGUGUGUGUUUUUUUUUUUUUUAAAGCUCUGGGACUGAGCAAAAGCGGCAGCUAACGGCUAACAGCUAACUGUAUCUAUAAGCACCCCAACAGCACGCUGAACUCAGGGAAGCGCACUCCUAAUUUUCCCGAAUAAAAAAGACGUGUUUCACCUUCACGUGUUUUCACAAAGGUCCUGGCAGAUCGGUCUCAAACAACAGGGGAGUCUAAUCCAACUUCACUACAGUAGUUGGAUGUUAUUUUAUUUUAAGGGAAAAAAGGAAAAAAAAACAGGUGCAAGUUCUACAUAGUACAAAUGCUUAGUGUGUAUUAUUAUAAGUUUGCCUGUUUUCUCGUAGUGAAAAUAUGACUGAAAACUAAAGAGCAGAUCAAAGGCUUUAUUUAAAUUUUAUGAUUACUGCAAAGCACGUUGUUGUUUAGUAUGAGUUUGGGGUGGGGGAUGGGCGGUGGGUGUGUCCGAAUGCCGUUUUUCAAUGAGAAUUAUUAAAAUAAUCGUUCAUAAACAAA